GGAGCUGCUGUGAUCAAAUCUUAGGGGUGACAGCGUGGACGGGGGAGGACUCUCUGGCUGAUGGGAGGUGGCUGGCAUGAGAUGGGGGAACACUGGGGGUGACCCCAGCGCGCCCCUGACCCAAGCCCACCUAGUGAACAGCCAGACUCGGUUGUGUUUUCCAGGCUGUUUGUCCCUGUGGGGCCCCAGCAGAGUGACAGGCGUCGUGGGGGGAUCCCUGAGCGUGGAGUGUCGGUACACGAAGCAAUACAAAGACAAUAGCAAAUACUGGUGCAAAGCCCCAUGUCUGUUACCGUGGAAGACUGUGGAGACCAAAGAGCCAGAGAGAGAAGUGAUGCAGGGCCACGUGUCCAUCAGGGACCAUCCUGCAAACCUCACCUUCACAGUGACCUUGGAGAGCCUCAGAGAGGACCAAGCAGGAAAGUACAUGUGUGGGAUCACGGUCCCAUUUUCACCGGAUCCCACCGUCCAGGUUGUGGUGUCUGUGUUCCCAGCAUCAGUGCCAACCCACCCUACUGCUGUGGCCAAGACCUCGACAAUCACAAUCAGUAUUUCAACAAUGUCAUUCACCGCCCUGGCCAUGGCGAGUCCCACCUACAGUGCCAGCAACAAGGAGGAAGCCAUGCAGGGGUGGGGGCUGCAAGUGCUGCUGGCCUUGUUGGCACUUCUGCUGCUUCUGUUGGGGGGCAUCUCACUGCUGGCCUGGAGAAUGGUUCAGAGACGGAUCAAAUCUGGUGAGAACCCAGAGCCUCCCCAGAACCCCAGUCAGGCUGCUGAGCUGAGUGAACCCUGCUAUGAGAACCUAGAGCUGCCGAUGUGGCCCCUUCUGGAACAGCCCAUGCGACCCACACAGGAGGAGGUGGAGUACAGCAACUUGGGGCUCCCCAGCGAAAACCUUCACUACACCUCAGUGGUAUUUGAUUCCCGAAGCCAGGAUUCUAAGACGGACGGAAUUCCCUCCCAGAAGCCCCAGACGCAGGAGCCAGUGUACAGCGUGGUUAAGAAGACAUAAGCUUGUGUCUCCAGCCUUGCCAACUGGAGGGCUGUGUGGGCCACAGGAGGCCCAGGGCUCAGCCCCCACCCACGUCUGCCUCCACCUGCUCCCCUUGAUGGUGACCGACAAGGCAGCUGGGCUCCCCAGGACUGUCCCUCUUGUGCCAUCAGCCAGGCUGGCUUCAUUGAGGAUGACCAGGAAUGGGGCUCUGGAUGGACCUGUGGGAAACCUUCCAUCCUACUGGCUCUCAAUGCAUCUUCCUGUCUUAGCUCUGUGUGUGGACGGCAGGAGGUCAGCCCCAUGUGACUCCAGGAAAAGAUGUGGCUCAUGUAGGGUGGUACCUUCGAAUAGCUUUGUAAAUCGCAGCCCCAUGGAAAUGUCUGGGAUUGCUGGCGAGUGGGGAGAACUGAUGCAGAGCCAGAAGCAUACAAAGGCGCUGCAGGCUGGGUCCCCCUCAUCUUACAGACAAGGAGACUAAGACCCAGAGAGAAGAGAGUCUUGCCCGUGGCUCCCGAACUAGCGGCACGUUUCUCUGGACUCUUAGGUUUACUGUUAAUAUAAGAGAUAUUAAUAAAGUUUAAAGUAUCUUAAGAGAGAAGAAAAAUUUAAAAGAAAAAUCCUUUCUUUUGAAGGCUGAAUAGUAUUCCAUUUAUGUAUAUAUCACAUUAUGCUUGUCCAUUCAUCUGUCAGUAGAUACUUGGGGUGCUUCUAUGUUUUAGCUCUCGUGAAAAAUGCUGUUAUGAACAUGGUGUACGAGUAUCUCUUCGAGACCCUGCUUUCAAUUCUUUUGGGUAUAUACCCAGAAGUGAAAUUGCUAAAUCAUAUGAUAAUCUAUUUUUAAUUUCUGAGGAACUGCAAUACUGUUAUCUGCCGCAGAUGUACCGUCUUACAUUCUCACCAACAGUGCACAAGGGUUUCCAAUUUCUCCACAUCCUUUUCAACACUUGGUUUUUAUUCCUGCUUUUUGUUUGUUUGUUUGUUUUAAUAGUAGCUAUCCUAAUGGAUGUGAGGUGAUAUCUCAUUGCAAUUUUGAUUUGCAUUUCCCGAGUGAUUAAUGAUGUUGAGCACUUUUCAUGUGCUUAUUGGCCAUUUGUAUAUCUUCUUUGAAGACAUGUCUAUUCAAGCCUUUUGCCCAUUUUCAAAUUGAUUUUUUUGUAGUUGUUGAGUUUUUGUUGUCUGUGUAUCCUGGAUGUUAAUCCUUGUCAGAUACAUGAUUUGCAAACAUUUUCUCUCACUCUGUGGGUUGCCUUUUUACUCUGUUGAUAGUGUCUUUAGAGCACAAAACUUUUAAAUUUUCAUGAAGUCCAAUUUGUCCAUUUUUUCUUUUGUUGCCUGUGCUUUUUGGGUCAUAUUCAAGAAAUCAUUGCCACAGCCAUGGUUGUGAAGAUUUUGUCACACAUUUUCUCCUAAGAGUUUAAUGGUUUUAGGUCUGACAUUGAGGUCUUUGAUCAUUUUGAGUUAAUUUUGUAUAUGCUGUUACGUAAGGGACCAACUUAAUUCUUUUGAUUUUUUUUUUGCGGUACGCGGGCCUCUCACUGUUGUGGCCUCUCCCGCUGCGGAGCACAGGCUCCAGAUGCGCAGGCUCAGCGGCCGUGGCUCACAGGCCCAGCCGCUCUGCAGCAUGUGGGAUCUUCCCGGACCGGGGCACGAACCCGCGUCCCCUGCAUCGGCAGGUGGACUCUCAACCACUGCGCCACCAGGGAAGCCCCAACUUAAUUCUUUUGCAUGUAGAUAUCCAGUUUUUUCAACACCAUUUGUUGAAAAGACUGUCCUUUCUCCAUUGAAUGGUCUUGACCCCCAAGUCAAAAAUCAUUUGACUAUAUAUGUGAGGGUUUAUUUCUGGACUCUAUUUUAUUCCAUUGGUCUAUGUGUUUGACUUUAUGCCAGGAUCACGCUCUCUUUUUGAAAAUCUAUUUAUUUAUUUAUUUAUUUUUUGCUGCAUUGUGUCUUCGUUGCUGUGCACAGGCUUUCUCUAGUUACAGCGAGUGGGGGCUACUCUUUGCUGCGGUGCGUGGGCUUCCCAUUGCAGUGGCUUCUUUCGUUGUGGAGCACGGGCUCUAGGUGCACGGGCUUCAGUAGUUGUGGCACGUGGGCUCAGUAGUUGUGGCUCGCGGGCCCUAGAGCACAGGCUCAGUAGUUGUGGCACACGGGCUUAGCUGCUCUGCGGCAUGUGGGAUCUUCCCGGACCAGGGCUCGAACCCGUGUUGCCUGCAUUGGCAGGCAGAUUCUUAACCACUGCACCACCAAGGAGGUCCCCAGGAUCACUCUCUUUUAGUUACUGUGGCUUUACAGUGAGUUUGAAACCAGGAAGUGUGAGUCUUUUAAUGUUGUUCUUCGUUUUCAAGAUUGUAUUGGUUAUUGGAGGUCCCAUGAGAUUCCAUAUUAAUUUUAGGAUGGGUUUUUCUAUUUCUGCAAAAAAUGUCAUUUUUUUCCGAUAGGAAUUUCGAUAGGAAUUGCAUUGACUCUAUAGAUCACCUUAGGUAGUAUUUUUAUCUUAACAACGUUAAGUCUUCCAAUCCAUGAACAUAGGAUGUGUUUUCAUUUAUUUACGUCUUCUUUAAUUUCUUUCAGCAAUGUUUUGUAGUUUUCAUUGUACAAGUCUUUCACCUCCUUGCUUAAGUUAAUUCCCAAGUGUUUUGUUCUUUUUGAUGCUAUUGUCAAUGGAAUUGUUUUCAUAUUUUCCCUUUCAGAUUGUUAACUGAUAAUGUACAGAAAUGCAACUGAUUUUUGUGUGUUGAUUUUGUACCCUGCUACUUUGCCAAAUUCAUUCAUUCAUUCUAACAGGGUUUUUUUUUUGUGGAAUCUUUUUGGGUUUUCUACAUAUAAGAUCAUAUCAUCAGCAAACAGAUAAUUUUACUUCUUUCUUCCCAAUUUGGAUGCCUUCUAUUUCUUUUUCUUGCAUAAUUGCUCUGGGUGGGAUUUCCAGCACCAUGUUGAAUAGAAGAAGCCAAGUGGGCAUCCUUAGCUUCUUCUUAAUCUUAGAGGAAAAGCCGUCAUUCUUUCACAGUUGAGUAUGAUGUCCACUGUGGGUUUUCUAUAUAUGGCUUUUAUAACGUUGAAGUAGUUUCCUUCUAUUCCUAGUUUGUUGAGUGUCUUUAUCAUAAAAGGAUGUUGAAUUUUGCUAAAUGCUUUUUCUGCAUCAAUUGAAAUGAUCACAUGGGCUUUUCCCUUCACUGUGUUAAUAUAGUGUACUACAUUGAUCAAUUUUUAUGUUGAAUCAUCCUUGCAUUCCAGGAAUAAAUCUCACUUGGUCAUGGUGUAUAAUUCUUUCAGUAUUUUGCUGAAUUCUGUUUGUUAGUAUUUUGUUGAGGAUUUUUGCAUCAGUGUUCAUAAGGGAAAUUGGUCUUUAGUUUUCUUUUCUUAUAGUGUCUGGCUUUGAUAUCAGAGCGAUACUGGCCUCAUAUAGUGAUUCUGGAAGAGUUCCUUUUUUUUCUAUUUUUUUGGAAGAAUUUAAGAAGGACUGGUAUUAGUGCUUCUUUAACUGUUUGGUGGAAUUCACCUGGGAAUCCAUCUGGUUCUGGGCUUUUCUUUGUGGGGAGGUUUUUGAUUACUGAUUCAGUCUCCUUAUUUUGUUAUUAGUCUGUUCAGGCUUUCUAUUUCUUCUUGAUUCAAUCUUGGUAAGUUCUAGAAAUUUGCCCAUUUUAUCUAGGCUAUCCAGUUUGUUGGUGUACAGUUGUUCGUAGUACUCUCAUAAACGUUUUUGUUUCUGUGGAAUUGGUAGAGAUGUCCCCACUUUCCUUUCGAAUUUUGGUAAUUUCAGUCUUCUGUUUUUCUUAGUCCAUCUAGGGAAAGUUUUGUUGAUUUUGUUGAUCUUUCAAAGAACAAACUUUUGGUUUCGUUGAUUUUCUCUCUUUUCCUCUAUUCUCUAUUUUGUUUAGCUCUGCUCUAAUAUUUAUUAUUUCCAUCCUUCUGCUAGUUUUGGGUUUAUCCUUCUUUUUCCAGUUCCUAAAGUUGUAAAGUUAGGUUUUUUAUUUGAGAUCUUUGCCCCCCCCCCGUUAAUGUAAGCAUUUAAAUUUCCCACUUAGCACUGCUUUUGUUGUGCCCCAUAAGUUUUGGUAGGUUGUGUUUAUGUUUUCAUUUAUCUUUAAGUGUUUUCUAGUUCCAUUUAUGAUUUCUUCUUUGAUCCAUUGGUUGUGUAAGAGUGCGCUGUUUAGUUUCCACAAGUUUGUGAAUUUUCCAGUUUUACUUUUUUUCCCUUUUCAAGUGUUUAUUGAAAGAUAAAUAAACAUAAAUUGGUUGGUUA